UAACGUGUCCUUACUAUCUUCUUUUUAUACAUGCAGUCCAUGCACCUGUUGCAGUACUUCAAACGUAGUCUUGCGACAUUUUAUCAGUUAUUUGAUUUUUUUUUAUUCAUAAAUAUUCAGGUAAACAAUUUGUGCAUUGUGCUUCUGUAAAUAAUUCUCCGAAUACUGAAAAUCGAUAAACUUGGAAGUCAGAAAUAAUGGGACAGUGUCUUGGAAAAUUGGACAGACGACAUGUACCUAGGGAAUCGGUGACUUUCUCUGCACUAAAUCCGCCCCAACAAUUAGCUGUUCCAACAAUACCUCCCCGGAUUCCUCUGGUUAACAUCCAGGGACAACAUCAAGGAUAUAAUGACCAAUUCCCCUCCAACUCACAAAAUCAGGAAUGCCCAGAACGAGUCUUGGUAGCCGCCAUAGAUUUAGGAACCACAUUUUCCGGCUAUGCAUUUUCCUUUCGUCACGAGUAUCUUUCAGAUCGCUUGCGGAUCAGUACCAACCUCUGGCCACAUAACAACGGGAUGUCCAUGAAAGCACCAACGUCUAUCUUGUUAAAUCAAAAUGGAGAGGUGGAAGCAUUUGGAUACGAGGCUAUCAAAAUGUAUGGUGAUUUGGCCGAAUAUAACCAGCAUACUUCAUACUAUUUCUUCAACAAGUUUAAGAUGAACCUCUAUCAGCAAGGAGCACUUUCAACAGACUUAAAACUUCAUGAUAUCUCUGGGAAAACAAUGGCUGCAGUUGAUAUUUUUGCAAAAGUUAUUGGAUAUUUAAAGCAGCACGUGUUAACCCGAUUAAAGGAAAUGGACUCCAAACUCAACUUGGCUCCAAGUGACAUUCAGUGGGUUGUGACGGUACCUGCAAUUUGGGAUGACAAAGCCAAAUUCUUUAUGAGAAAAGCCGCUGAAAAGGCUGGCAUUGAGGGCCGAAAUUUGACCUUAGCUCUCGAACCGGAGGCAGCAUCACUUUUCUGCCGAUACAGCCCUACUUAUCAAAGUAACGUCCAAGAGAACACACAUGUAUUUGACAUUUUCAAACCAGAAACAAAAUAUAUGGUCGUUGAUCUGGGUGGUGGCACAGUGGACAUCACGGUCCAUUGCGUUCACGAAGGUGGUGCUUUAGAGGAACUAUAUCAACCUACAGGUGGCUACUGGGGCGGCACGACGGUAGACGACGAGUUCUGCUCCCUCCUCGUAGGAAUAUUUGGUCAUGAAGUGUACAAAGAAUUUCAAAAUAAUUUCACAUCUGAUGUGAUUGAACUAUUUCAAGAAUUUGACAUAAAGAAACGUUUGUUUGAACCAGGACAAAAUACAACUGUUUCAAUUAAGAUAUCUGCUUCUUUAGUAGAGUUGUACAGAAAACACACUGGAAGAGAAAUUCAGGAGGUAUUAAACACUCAACAGGUUCAAGACGUCAAGAUUAAGAGAGACAAGCUUCAAGUUUCCCCUCAAGCUUUUAUUCGCUUAUUUGACAAAUCAAUUUCCGGUAUUGUAUGCCAUAUUCAAAGCUUACUACAAAUGACAAAGGUCUCGGGUGUAACUGCCCUUCUGUUAGUGGGCGGUUACGCUGAUAGCCAUGUCGUCAGAGACGCCAUUGUUUCUCAUUUUCCGAAUCUUCAAAUUAUCCAUCCACAGGAAGCUGCUUCCACUGUUCUUAAGGGAGCCGUAUUAUUUGGGCAUGAACCCCGAGCUAUCGUGGCGAGAGUUUGUAAAUACACGUAUGGUAUUGCUAUAUCAGAGCCGUUUAAAGAGGGUGUUCACGAUCCAGACAAAAAGAGAUUUGUUAAUGACGAAGUCAUAUGUGACGAUGUGUUCGAUGUCCAUCUACAAGUUGGUCAGCAAGUGUCUCUGUCAGGUAAUCGGAUCGGAAAACCUUACAAUGUCUACAGCGGACAUUCACACUCUUUACUAGAAGUAUACGCUUCCUCUGUACCGAGUCCUAAGUACGUCACGGAAAGCUGGUGCACAAAAUUAGGAUCGGUGGUUUUGGAGUUACCUCCAGAUAUGAAAGGAGAUGAAAAAAUUAUAGUAGGGUUAUAUUAUGGCGGAACCGAACUAGGAGUUUUUGCGGUGAAUUCAAAAACUGGAUCACAAACCCACGCCUUUUUUGAUUUUUUGGGAUAAAAGUAAAUGUGGUUUCGUCUAAGCAAAUCAAUCUAAAACAUUAUUACUACUAAAAGGACGAAUAUCGAGACAGUCGAUCGCAUCUAUUUCUACAUAAACAUUUAACAUUUCGCUUUUUGUUUAUAUUUUUUUUUAUCACAUAUCCGUGUAGAUUUAUUCAGAUGUAAAGAAUGUGGAAUACCGGUACUUGUGCCUUCCCAUGAAUGAACAUGCCAAGGGGUCUUGUAAUUUGAUUUAAAGUGAAAUAUCCCUCUGCUCAAAAUUCACCUUUUUUAUUUUCAACAUUGAUUUUCAUCAUUAACAAUAGCAUUAGAUUCAAAUUGAAAAUAGUUUUGAAGACUAAGUGUUGCUUUACUUUUUCAGAAAAAAAAUAUCAUUUAAUAUAUCCAAUCAUGUUGUGAAGAAAAUUCACUAAGGUAAAUUGAAAGAUCAGUAUAAAUAUUUCCUCACAAUAAAACUUAAAAAUUGUGUUAAUUCUAAA